AUGUUAGGAUCACGAGAAGGAGAUAAGACCCAAGUGAGGCAGUCCAUAAAGAGAAGCGGAGGAGUUAAGCUUGCUCUAAACAUGAAGUUACCCCAAACCGCAAAACUGACACCACAUCCAAAGAACAAGUGCUCUCUAAAUUCAGCAUUUCCAGAGCAAAGGACACAAUCCGAAGGAAUAGAGAGACCCCACCUCCUCAUGCAGUCUCUAGACGGCCAGAAGGGUGAAGCGCUUGCCAAGUCAGAGCAGAGGAGAAAGAGUGAGAAGGAGGUCUUUGAUCGACUUCAUAGGGCGUGCUUUGAUCAAGGAGAUGAUGGGAUUACGACUUCUAGAACCCAUAACCCUCCACCUAUCACCAGAAAUUGCGUCUCUUACCACCGCCUUUUUUGGCAGACCUAUCACCUGAAGACCCAAAGGACUCGUGAGAUUUAA